CCUGUACCCGCCGUUUAUCUGCACUCGCAUUCAUUUCGACACGCGUACCUCUACUCUUCCCUGUCCGGUGCCGGUGCAGCCCUGCCGGCGCAGUGACAUAGGGCGUCGCCCCCAUUACGAAUCGACAUGUUCUGGAGAUUUGGCGGUUACGCCAACAUCUCGACUAUCGAUACCAUUCUCGAUAAGCCUGACUUCCAACUCGAAGAUUUGCUUGAUGAGAGCGACCUAAUCCAGGAGCUGAAACAGCACAAUACCAAGCUCAUUGAGUAUUUACGCGAGUCUAAGGUACUCGAGAAGCUCCUGGAAUAUGUUAUCACACCGAAGCUUGAACCUGUAGAAGCCCCCGAAGAGGAAGCCAACGAGGAUGAAAAGAAGGGCAAGUCUAGGGCCCUAUCUUUCGGCCGCCCGCGUGCCUCAUCGAGAACAACUAGUGAUGGAGCUGAGGAGGAUGAGGCUGAGAAGAAGAGGAACAGAUAUGCUUAUGUUGCCGCCGAAGUCCUGUCCUCCGAUAAUUGGUCCAUCUAUGAAGCUCUGAUGGAAAGCCACCAACUUCUACGCAACUUUUGGAAUUUCCUCAAAAAUCCGUCUCCCUUAGAUCCUCUUCAGGCGAGUUAUUUUACUAAGGUUAACGAGGCCUUGUUCGAUAAGAAGACGGAGGAAAUGUUGGAUCUCUUAAAGUCUCUCGACGAUGCGGUCCCCAACAUGCUACGUCACGUUGACUGUCCUAUGAUAAUGGAUCUCCUGCUUAAGAUCAUUAGCCUUGAGAGAAUAGAGAACGGCCAAGGUAUAGUUGAGUGGCUUUACGGCAAAGAUGUCAUGCCAACGUUGCUCUCAUUCCUUGGGCCGGAGCACAGUCCCGCUACGCAGACAUCUGCCGGCGACUUCAUCAAGGCUAUCAUCACUGUCUCCGCCAAUGCCUCGCAGAACGAGCAGGCCUGCAUCGGUCCGAAUGAGCUUACACGCCAGCUAGUGUCCAAGCCUUGUGUCCAGAAGCUAAUUGGAUACAUGCUUGACGGUGGGAAUCCCCUUACUGUUGGCGUUGGAAUUGUCAUUGAGGUCAUUCGCAAGAACAAUUCUGAUUAUGAUCCGGAUGUUGGUCCCGAUUCAAAUGCCUUGCCCUCUAGUCGCGACCCUAUCUAUCUAGGUACUUUGCUUCGGCUCUUCGCCGACCACGUCCCUGCCUUUAUGACAAAAAUUCUCAAUGCCCCGGCCUCUUCCCAAAGGCAGCAGUUAGAUUCUACCUUUGGAGAGAAGAUCGAGCCUCUCGGUUUUGAUCGGUUCAAGACCUGUGAGCUCAUGGCCGAACUCCUCCAUUGUAGCAACAUGGCGCUGCUCAACGAAGUUGGUUCGGAGCAAGUAAUCGCGCUUCGAGACGAAGAACGCCAGCGACUACGAGUCGAGGGCCGACUUGUAACAAAUCGUGGCGAGGAGAUGCAAUCGUCGGAGGAUCUGACUAUGAGGAUGCGCCACUCCUCUCCAGAUGAUGCUCGCCGCUUAGAGAUCACAAACGCUUCCGAUGAUGACGGAUUUGAGGAAGUUACUCCAUUAGGUGAAAUGACUGAGGAUACAUCGCAUGAAUUUGUCAAGGCCGAGGACGAAAUUCCUACCGGACAAGUCUCGUCAUUUCUCGAUAGAGAAGAUGACGAUUUCGUGGAAGAGCCUCUUAGCUCUCCAAGGCUAAACGUCCAUGAUGGUAAACUCAAUGAGCAACAAUUCGAAAAUCCUGAGCUCAUGGUUGCGCCUCUCUCCCCGAAGAAACCGAUCGCUACUCAGAAGCCAGUGCAAGAACAGAGUGAUGUUCCCACAGCCAAUCCGCAGCCGUCACAGGUGUCCCAACCGAGCACUGAGCAGCACCAGGCAAAGGCACCAGAUCAAAAGCAUGGCGAUGGACCUUCUAUGCCAGUUGACGUUCAGACACCACAGUUACAAGAUGUGCCCAAAGAGUCUCCUGGAAGCAAACCCGAGGCCACAGAAAAUCCUACUACCUCGGUAGUUCAGACAGGAGAGAAGUCUGUUGUGAACGAGGCGCCUAUAGAAAACGAGCCGAGUGUAGUUCCUCGCGAACCUUUACAACCAGAACCCGAAAGUGCGGGCAGCAUCCCCACUGUUCAAGCUCAUCAACCCGAGUUGGAUUUAUCUGGAAAUAUAGAACAGCGUCUUGAGCCAGUUGUCGGCGAUUACCUCAAAAUGCAAUUUGUGGAACAUGAGGUUGUGCCAACGAUACUAUCCUUCUUUUUCAAAUAUCCCUGGAAUAACUUUCUCCAUAACGUUGUUUACGACAUCGUCCAGCAAGUAUUCAAUGGCCCUAUGGAUCGUGGCUAUAACCCUACUCUAGCAAUCUCAUUAUUCGAAGCCGCUGAUAUUACCAACGCUAUCAUUAACGGCCAAAAAUCCAGCGAGCAGUCCCAAGCUCGAAAUAAGACCCGGAUGGGUUAUAUGGGUCAUCUGACGCUUAUUGCUGAAGAGGUGGUAAAAUUCGCGGAACGGAAUCCACCAGAGCUCCUUUCGGAGCUUGUCUUGGAUCGUGUCAUGAGCCAGGAUUGGAUUAUGUAUGUUGAGGGAGCCCUCGCAGAAACAAGAGAGAGGGACAAUGCUAUCCUUGGGGGAGUUAGGCCCGAAGUUGCUAUGAGCAACAGGACGCAGAUGGGUGGCAAUAGUCUAGGUGGUAUGGGCUUGUCAAGCCUGGGACUUGGUGGCGCACAGGGUGGUGGCUCCAACGCGCUUGCUGAGGCUGGGUUGAAUGGCACUGGGGGUAGUAUGGAAAUACAGGAUAAUGGCAGCGGAAGCAGCAUCGGACCUUUCAGUAUAAGCUCUGGCUUGUUAUCGGGAUCCGGCUUCGGCAGCUCAAGUGACGAAGAAGAAGACGAAGCAGAAGAUAAUGAAGAGGAUGUUAAUAACGAGGUAACUUGUCCCAGGCGCGAUACGACUAUCUCUGGUUUCUUAUGACGUAUCUCACCUCAACAGCAUACGUACAAAAACGAUUAUAUUAUUGAGUUAAACACAUUUACUGAUAGUUCAAUAGUUUCGCGCGUACACAGAUUCAUUGAAUGCGGCUUCGACAUCAAUGGAUCCCCCUUCUGUUCCACCUCCACCUCCACCACCGCCGCCACUAAACAUUCCUCCA